GCGCCCCCGGACCCCAUCACCCCCAUCCCAGGCUCAAAACACCUCAUGGUGUCUGCCUUUAAAGACCACAGACUGGGUGGGGCCAUCCGGGUCAUCAGCAUCAUCCGCAGGCAGGAACUGCAGCCGCUCUACUGCGUCCUUUGUGCCAAUGACGACGCUUACGUUAAUGCUAAUUGUAGUACUAGCACUGAUGCUAAGGAUCUGAGUCGGUGCACAACUUCACAGGCAAAUGUUGACGUGCACUCAGACCACUUUGGCUUUCCUUUUCAGACUUCAGAUGUGUUUUGCAAAAGUCCAUCAUCACAGCAAGCCACACAUGUUAGCAUAACAACUGACCGAACCGCCAUCCACAAUUUGCCAUUUUUACUAAUUAAAAACCAGGAGGUCAAAGAAUCAUUUAGGUACAACUUCACCAUAUGCAUAUCCAACCUAUUUGGGAAGUACAAUAAUGCCCUCCAGUUUGCACAGACCAUGGAGGUGUACAAGUUGAUUGGGGUUCAGAAGGUUGUCAUCUACAACACCAGCUGUGGCCCAGAUGUUGAGAAAGUUCUUACGUAUUAUAGGAGAGAGGGUAUGCUGGAAGUUGUGCCUUGGCCUAUAGACAAGUUUCUAAUGCCCUCUGCUGGGUGGAAUCAUGACUUGCAUCCUGGGGACAUCCACUAUUACGGACAGCUGACCACUCUGAAUGAAUGCAUGUACAGAUACAUGUACCUAUCGAAGUACCUCCUGCUGCAUGAUCUUGACGAGAUCAUUAUGCCUUACAAACAUGCCAACCUGGAGAAGCUAAUGGAUUCACUACAGUUAAACCAUCCCAAUGCAGGAGUCUUCAUAAUAAAAAACUCUGUCUUCCCUACCACGGAGUUCGAUAAUAGCAGCCGAUUUCGUCUGCCUCAGUGGAACAGCGUGCCUGGUGUGAACAUCCUGGAGCACAUCUACCAAGAGCCGUACAGGACGAACGUGUUCAAUCCCGCCAAGCUGAUUAUCAACCCACGGAGAGUGGAGCAGACAUCAGUCCACUCCACGCUGAAGCAGUUCGGACAUGUUAUCAGAAUCCCAUUCGAAAUAUGUCUGACAAUCCACAUCAGGCACCCACUGCAAGAGAACAUUUCCAAAAAACAGCUUAUUGUGGACAAGAAACUCUGGGAGUUUGCAGAAAUAUUAAUUCCCAGGAUUGAUCAAGCUCUGGAGGAAUCAGGCCUGACAACUGGGAAGCCUACCCCCCAUGACAUGAAUAUAAUCACAGACAAUGCAUAUAUAAUAAAACAAUUACCACCCAAACCCACCAUCUCCCAUCCCCAUCUCAUCAACCUGGCCACCACCCAAACAAACUCCCCAGGAUCCCCCACAUACCCAGCACAUGAUGUUCCCGACAACAAUGGAGAGACUGCUACCAGUAGCCAGGCAGAUUUUUAA